GUUUCCAUAGUAACAACCUAGAGAGGGCGCUGCGAGGAGCGCUGUACGUAAAAUGACGCAGGGCGGGGGCGUGCGCGGCGCGCUGCGCAAGGCUGCUUGUUGUUCCCGCAGAGAGGCGAGAAGAUGGCGGCCGUGUCAAGCGGAGGUGCUGCUGGGACUCCCGCGGCCGGGAUCACGCACCCCGCCCGCCCAACCCACGCAGGCAUGGGCCCUCAGAACCGAGUCCAGCCAUCUUCCGGGAUCAGCCACCCCGGUCGUCCAGGCGCGGCCACAGGGUGCAUCCCCAAUCCUGUCCAGACUUCGACCACCAGGCCCCCCCCUGCGCGAGUGGGCCACUACGAGAUCGAGCGGACCAUCGGCAAGGGAAAUUUCGCCGUCGUCAAACUGGCCACCCACAUCAUCACCAAAGCAAAGGUGGCUAUAAAAAUAGUGGACAAGACACAGCUGGAUGAUGAAAACUUGAAAAAGAUCUUCAGGGAGGUUCAAAUCAUGAAGUUGCUGAAGCACCCGCACAUCAUCCGUCUGUACCAGGUGAUGGAGACGGAGAGAAUGAUCUAUUUAGUAACUGAAUAUGCUAGCGGUGGAGAGAUUUUUGACCACCUGGUGGCCCAUGGACGGAUGGCAGAAAAGGACGCCAGGAAGAAGUUUAAACAGAUUGUGGCAGCAGUCCAUUUCUGUCACUGCCGUAACAUCGUCCACAGAGACCUAAAGGCAGAGAACCUGCUUUUGGACCACAAUCUCAACAUCAAAAUAGCAGAUUUUGGUUUCAGUAACCUGUUUUCCAGAGGGCAGCUGUUAAAGACCUGGUGCGGCAGCCCGCCCUAUGCUGCACCAGAACUAUUUGAAGGCAAAGAGUAUGAUGGACCUAAAGUAGAUAUAUGGAGUUUAGGUGUGGUCUUAUAUGUAUUGGUGUGUGGUGCCCUACCAUUUGAUGGCAGUACUCUACAGAAUUUGCGAGCACGUGUACUAAGUGGCAAGUUCCGGAUCCCCUUCUUUAUGUCGACUGACUGUGAGUAUUUGAUCAGACAUAUGUUGGUACUGGAGCCCAGCCGACGGCUGACCAUGGAACAGAUCUGUAAGAACAAGUGGAUGAGACAAGGGGACCCUGAACCUGAUUUUGACAGGUUGAUAGCAGAGUGUGAGCUGGUUAAGACUGAAAGAGAGACAGAGCUCAUCAAUGAGCAAGUGCUAAUAGCUAUGUCCGAGAUGGGCCUGGACCGAGAACGCACAAUUCAGGCCCUACAAACAGAUGCAUAUGAUCACUACAGUGCCAUCUACAGUUUGCUAUCUGACCGUCUCAAGAAACACAAGACUUUGCGUGUUGCUCAACCCACACCACGCUCCAUUAGCUAUCCCCUUAACACUGUACAGAUGGAUCCACAGGGUAAUCCAGUUAGCAUAACGGUUCCUCAUGUCCAGCUUAUCAACCCAGAGAACCAGAUUGUUGAGCCGGACGGCAAUAUGGCGCUCGACAGUGAUGAAGGUGAAGAGCCAUCUCCUGAAGCUAUGGCUCGGUACCUCUCAAUGAGGCGGCACACCGUGGGUGUACCAGACCAAAGGACUGAGAUGCAAGAGGGCCUCCAGAAACUGCCACCGGGUUUCCCCCGGGGAGCAAUGCCCCAGCCCCCUUUUCCUCCACUCAUGCCUACAAUGGGACAAAUGCACACUCUCUUGCCAACGCAGAGCCUACAGCCCACACAGCAGUUAGAGUACAAGGAGCAGUCGUUACUGCAACCACCCACUCUGCAGUUACUCAAUGGCAUGGGGCCCCUUGGUCGAAGAGCUUCCGAUGGUGGUGCCAAUAUCCAACUGCAUGCUCAGCUCCUGAAAAGACCACGGGGGCCAUCACCUCUUGUUACCAGUCCACACCCUAUUCCUGCUGUUGCCCCGGUGGAUGAAGAGGGAUCAGAUGGGGAACCAGAUCAAGAAGCAGUACAAAGGUACCUGGCGAACCGCUGCAAGCGGCACACGACGCACGCACUCAUGAGCACAUCGCAUGGCGAUCCCUCGGCAGAGCCCCAGCGGUCACAGGUCCCCCGCCAGAGGGUGGGCUGGGCCCUUGACACACACACCCGAUCCAGCUAUAAAGACUGUAACACACUUCAUCUUCCUAUGGAACGCUUCUCACCUGUCAGAAGGUUCUCUGACGGCGCUGCCACCAUUCAAGCCUUCAAAACGCAGCUAGAGAACAGUAGCCUCAUUAAGCAACUCAAGCAGGAGUGUGAGCAGCUCCAGAAAAUGUAUGCGGCCCAGCAGGAUGAGCGAUUUCUGGAACACACCCAGCAACAGCAUAUCCUCUACCAGCAAGAGCAACAAAUCCUCCACCAGCAAAUCCAGGGUCUGUCUUUAGGCCAUGGAGAGAGUCAGCCCAGUCACCUAACCCACCAGCUUCAGAGGUUGCGUAUCCAGCCGUCCAGCCCUCCGCCAACACAUCCGAGCAACCACCUCUUCAGACAGCCAAAUCAGAGUUCUCCGCCUGGCUCUGCAGGCAUAAUGCAAGGGCAUGGUCCAUCCUCAGUACCGUAUCAACAUGGCUCUCCUUCACUCUACCAGGGCCAGAGUGGGAGCCCACCUCCCACAAGCCUUCCAAGAGUGUCUAUGCCAGCCAAUCAGCAGUCAACGUCUGUGCACCCUUCUGUCCCAUUAGCUCAGGGUGUACCUCAACAGCAGCAAGUGACUAUUCAGGUACAGGAAGUGGAAUUAGGAGGUGGGCCACAAAGACAGAGCAGUUUUUUGUCUGCACCAUGUGGACACAGAGUUCUUGGGAAGCAGCUGAGUGCAGAUAAUGCAGAAUCGCACAGUCGUAGCCUUGGACGUUUCACAUCAGCCUAUGACCAGGCCCAGUUCAAUCCCCACCUUUUUUCUGGUGACGCAGCCACUCGGGGAGCCCCUGGAGUUCUGGGCUCUUAUAGCCCUUACAUGCAGGGGGCCUCUCUCAACGUACCGGGCUUGGAGGGUUACCAGAGUGGGGCUUUGGGAACCGGGACUUAUGGCACCCCGUCAGCACUACAGCAAGCGUUACUCUCUCCAACUCCACUGGACUAUCGUCCCCCACAACAGCAUGUCACACCCACUUUGCAGGGGCUCCUGUCCCCCCGCCACUCUUUAACAGGUCAUGCAGAUCCUCGGUUACCGCCACAGGACCUGGCCGCACUGCUGAAGAGGCAGAGCCCCCGCUCAUGCCCUGCACCCCCAACACCACCCAGCAGUACAACACCAGAAUACGGAGAGAUGCUACUUCUGCGCCAGCUGAGCCAGGGUGAGAGUUUGGAACCACAGCCACCUCAAGCCUCCCCGGUAAGCAAACACUACCACCACCUUCUCCAGAUCCGACCGCCAGAAGUCCAGCCCCAACAACACUCUGUCCAAGCACCUUGUCCCAGCUUGCCCCACUCGGAAAGCAUGGAGGAAGAUGAGGUACCAUCUGGUUACCACCAUACACAAGAGGGCCUGCUGGCCAAAGCAGGAGAAGGUCAUGAGCUCCUGGGUCCUCCCAGAGGCAGCACCCCUCCCUACAAUUCCCCUACUCACAGACGUGGCUAUAUCAGUUUGAGUCCUCCAGCAACUAGAGACUCUGAACAUGUCGAGUCCAGACAAACGGGGCAAGCCAUGGAGGUGCCUGAUCAUAAUGGCUUGGGCUAUUCACGAGGUCAGCAAGGAGAAGCUUACAGGUCCCGAGGACAUCUUCAGCGCCACCACACCAUCCAGACCUGUGAUGAUGCAUAUGACCAGUCGGAGCCUAUGUCUGGGAUGAGUCUGUUGGCUGGGAAGGCGCUAAGUUCCGCUCGUAUGUCAGAUAUUCUCAGCCAGACGUCACUGUCAGGAAGCCAGCAGCUGCACCAGCGGGAAGAGUCGGUAUGUGACGUUGAAGGGGAGCUCCACGCGGCGACCUGCUAUCCCUCUUCCUGCACCACUGAUAUGCUUCUCACCUAUAAGCCCCCUGACCUGCAGUACAGCAUGGAGCAGGCUGGAGUCUAGCAAUGGAUGCAGUGUAUCCUAUGUACAGCGGUCUAUAUCAAGCAUCCUGACUUGUGUUGAGUUGAGAUGCAUCAUGCCAAACCACCAUCACCCAUCUAUCGACAUCACUCACCAUCUCUUUGUAGGGGGAAGCGGGGUGGGGGGGGGUCUGCUCAAAUGUGGGUGUUCAUAUAACAUCACAGUUGGGGCAUUCAGGGUUCAAAAGGUCAAAGUGCCACCAUCUCCUGCACAAAUAUCAAUCAUUGUUACCAGUGGGGUUCUUUUUUUUUACCAAGACUAUCCCACGCCACAGCAAUCUCCUCUCAUCCUUCAUAUGCACAUCGUUUUGUGCCUCAUUGGCUGACGGAGCCGGUUUGACUUAUAACAACAGAAAAAAAUGGACACAGUACUGCAUCAGAUCCAAAGUAUAUUGUGCUUGUGAGCAUUUGUGCACACGGUUGCGCAAUGAGAGGUGUGGAGAUGAAAGGCGUCUUGAAGCUGCACACAACUCCUCCUCCUGUACUCCUCCUACUUGCAGACUGCAGAUCAUUUCAGACUGGAUGAGAAUCUCUGCAUAGGUGUUUUUGGAGUCGGCCUACAUUUAUUCCUCCAAAGAUAGAGCUCAGUGUCAGUACACAAAGGACAAACCAGCUCAUUUAUGUUUUUCCUGUUGUCACCCACCCCCACCCCCCAAUUUAUUUUUUUUAAUACAUAUUUUAUUGUCAAAUAGUAAUGUCCAUGUUAAACAUAAUGGUCAAUAUUGUUACUGUUGUUAUCACAGUUUCCAGUAAAAUGUUUAUUAAGAUGACAUUAUUAUCGAAAAACAGUUUUGUGUUGCAAGGAGGACACCAAUUAAGAGAAAAAACUGAAUUCUGCACUUUGGACUCGCCCCACCUUCUCCCCUCAUCCUCUCUUUCAUGAUAUCAUGCUCCUUUUUGGACUCCCCCCAGCACCCCUCCAUUCUUAUUUGUUCCCACCUGCUGUUACCUUCUUUCCCAACCUUCUCACUCAUGUCUGUUACAGUGUAAUGCAUUGUGGGUAGUUUUACCAGAUUUUUGCUCCUUGUACAGUGAUGCCAUGUAUAGAAUGCUUUUGCAAUUUCUGCUAUUUGUUUCUUUUGUUUUUAGAUGUUGUUGGGGAGGCUUUUAUUUUUUUAAUAUCAUUCUUAUUUUUCAAUGUUUUCGAAAUGUUUACUUUUUGCUUUAUGAAUUUCCUGCCAAAAGAGGACAGAGAGACAGGGCUUUCUCUGUCUUAAAACGAUUGUUCAUAUUUGUUUUAAUAAUUAUAUCAAGACACUUGAAUAAGAGUAAUAUUUUUUUCUUUUUUAAGCAUUUCAUUUGUUCCUCAUUCGUAUAGCUGUUGCGCCUGUUUUUUUUUUUUUUUAGAUAGAUGUGGCAGCGGCGGGGAUAGCAAACAGAAACUUAAAGGGAAUAACUUGACAUUUCAUCCAAAACAUAGCAAGUAUGAAGACUGACAACACCUGUUUUUUUUCUUCCCUUUCUGCCCUUAAAAUCUGCUGUGAUUCCUCGGCCAUUAUUAUGAAUGAUUAUUUUAAUAUUACAUCUUGCGCCUGGACAGAUGACACAUUUUUUAAUGUGACUCUUCUUCCCUCUCAUUUGGACUUGUUUUGAUACCCCUGGACUCUGGACCCCUUUCCAAACGAACAAAAGGUUGUUAAAGUUCUUCUAAAUUGGAUGUCCAUAGCAUGUGAAGUCAAGAUUUUAGGCAUGGUGAUUUGAGCCCACCUUUAAUACACAGUAGUGCUUUAAACUGUUGGUAGGCUUAAGCACCACCAGAUGGAAACAAGAACACACUGGGGACCACAGCAGAACAUUUGAAAACCUUAUCCACCCCAACUCCUUUCUAUGUUCCUGUUGGAGUGUCAUAUUUACUGGUGCAGAGAAAAGACCUUCUGAUCUCAUUGUAAAUGUUUGUACUGCCCCAAUUGCACAAUACCAGACUGCACAGUUGACGUUACAACCAACAGUUGUUGGUGUCGUGCUGCGCUCGUGCUUUCCAUUUGCACUCUGUAAUUUCCUACGAAGAUUCAAUGAACAUUUCCAAAAGUUACAAUUCCUCCAACUCUCCUUGAUUCCUGCCAGAUCUGUGCUCCUGGCCUCUGCACCAAGCCAAAACUGAUACGUAAGAGCAAUGAAGAGGAGAUGAGUGGACUAAAAGACAUGCAAGUCAGACAUGAAAUUGAACCUCAGCCUGGGGACCUACAGCAAGACUGAAUGGGAAGCACUGCACAUGAUUCAGACAGAGUGGGGGAGAGCUGUUUCACACAUCAGACUGAUUCUGCCCAGUUCUCAUUUUCUGUUUUGCCUCCUUGAUGCUGCCAUCUAGUGUGUGUGUACUCUUCAUCUCAGCCUUUCCUUCUCUGCGAGUCAGCUCUCUGCUCCACUCUCCCCCCCUAGUUUUGUUUUUAUGUUUGCCUUUGUUUUUAAUUUUGAUUUCUGUUGAGUACAAAAAUACUAAAGUGCAACAAUUAUUAAAAAGAUUAUCAACCAAACUAAGAUAAAAUAUAUAUAUAAAUAAAUACUUUAAAAUGGCAA